CGUAAUUUUUUUCUUUUUCUUUUCAAAGUUUUUUUGAGUUUUCCAAGUCGACAAUUCUAACAGAUAAUCAAAGGAAUGUAUUCAUGUGAAUUCGAUCUUUAAACUAGUGAAAAUACAUGCUCGAUAUUUGUAGGAACACUUGCGUUAUCUAAAUCGGGCGACAUCGUUGUCUUAUCAGAUUUUCUGUAAACAGCUCAGAGAUUAUAAUACUUUACAACCCAUUUUUAAUAAAAACUUUGAGCGUCGUUCUUGUGCGAAGCGAUCGAAUUUACUUGUGUGCGCGAGACUUGCGAUCGAGUAGAUCCGGAAAUUAUCUUUCGAUAAUCGCUCCUUCAAAUUAUCUCGUUACAUAUUAUUAUAGCCUGAUUGCGGCGACGGUCAGAUAGUCAUUAACGCUCCAAGACAGAUCAAGAGAGUAACACAGCGCGAUAGACAAAUCAAACGUUACCAAAUUUACAAUGGAAAACGGAUCUAGAAAAUCAUCUCAGGCGAAGAGGGUUUCUCUCGGAGUUGGCGGUGCUUUGGUGGAGCGUCCGGACGAGCCGGAGCGAGGCGCUUGGUCCAACCAGAUCGAAUUUGUUCUAUCCUGCAUCGGGUAUGCCGUUGGCAUCGGCAAUGUUUGGCGUUUCCCUCUCUUCAUAUAUCGCAAUGGCGGCGGCGCCUUUCUGAUACCCUUCAUUAUUAUGCUGAUCACGAUGGGCAUGCCUAUAUUCUUCCUGGAGCUUUGUAUGGGUCAGUAUACCGGAUUCGGGCCCGUAAAAGCUUUCCGUCACAUGGCACCGGCUUUUCACGGUCUAGGCUAUUGCACGCUGGUCGUCAUUCUGCUAGUAAUGAUAUACUACAUGGUAAUCGUCGCGUGGACUUUAUUUUACACUUUCGCUUCUUUCUCGUCAAAACUCGCUUGGGCAUAUUGCGAUAAUGAUUUCAACACGAACGAUUGUUACAGCGGUCUUCAGGAUGGAGAGUGUCAGGAGAUUAACUCAAGCUAUAUAUUUUUCAACAAGACCUGCAUGAACGCAAACAAAGUCUGUACCGAAUUGGGUUUCCAGUUUGGCAACACCACCCACUGCAUUUUUGAGAAUAAAACAGCCAUGGCGCGCGGUGAUACUUAUAAUCGGAUACUGGCGUCCGAAGAGUACUUCAGAGACUACGUUCUCGGUUUACGCGGCGCCACUUGGGAGAACUUCGGCGGCAUGCGAUGGGAACUCUUCGGAUGCCUCACGCUAGCCUGGAUAGUGUGCUACUUCUGUCUGGUGCGCGGCAUCCAGAGCGUCGGCAAGGUCGUCUACUUCACUGCGCUUUUCCCUUACUUGAUACUCACGAUUCUGCUAAUACGAGGUGCUACAUUGGAGGGUGCCGAUGAAGGCGUUCUAUGGUACAUCAAGCCUGACUUUUCAACGCUGAACAGCGCCACAGUGUGGGCGGACGCCGCCUCCCAAGUCUUUUAUUCGCUCGGUAUCAGCUGUGGAUCUCUGGUCACUCUCGCGAGCUACAGCAAAUUCCACAACAAUUGCCACAGAGACACUAUCUUCGUCACCUUCGCAAAUCUAUUCACGUCCAUUUUCGCCGGCUUCGUGAUAUUCUCGAUACUCGGAUUUCUGGCUCGAGAGAUGCAAAUGCCGAUCGACAAGGUGGUCCAGAGUGCGGAGGGAUUGGCCUUUAUCGCUUACCCGGAGGCGGUGGUGCGGAUGCCGGUCGCGAAUCUCUGGGCCAUUCUGUUCUUCUUCAUGCUCUUCAUACUCGGCCUCGGCAGUCAGUUUGCAGGCGUGCAAGCGAUAAACACCGCCAUACUGGACAGGCGUCCGGAUUUGCGAAAAUACGAGGCCUUUGUGAUAUUGGGUAUAUGCGUUGCCUGCUGGCUCCUAGGGAUCCCGAUGGUGUUCGACGGCGGUAUCUACCUGUUCAAAUUGAUGGACUGGCAUACUGCCUCCUGGGCGAUCCUAUUGAUCGGCUUUGCCGAGGUGGUUAUAGCCUCUUGGUUCUACGGAUGCAACAAAUUUCUGGAUAACCUCGCCGAAAUGAAAAUGAAAUUCGGCCGUUAUCUACGCGGCUUCUGGUGGUUCUGCUGGGUCGUCCUUGCACCUCUCACUUGCCUGGGGGUCUUUGUAUAUCAACUAGAUCAAACCGACUUCCAGGGGAACUAUGGCUCGUACGUAUUCCCCGUCUGGGCGGGCGUAAUUGGGAUCGGAAUCGGACUAGCAACGUUGGUGCCGUUACCGAUCUUCUUCUUCAUACAACUCUGGAAAACGAAGAACAUCCGGGCUUUAUUUCGACCUACCAAAUUAUGGAGGCCGGCUGAAGAAAAGAAUGUGCUGGAUAACAACAGCGUCAGCACUGCGGUGGUUAAUCCGGCCUACGCUUCUUCCGAUAAAAUUUAGAAUUUUUAAUUUAAUGAAUAGAUUAUGAGAAAGAUUUGAAGAAAUUCCAAAAUACAAAAUACUUUCUAAUAUAUUCACAUCUAGAAAUAUGCGGAUACAUUUUUAGAUGUGAGUUCAACGCAAAAAUAUAAAAAAAGCUACAUGAAUUUUAAAAAAUGUUAAAAGUUUUUAUGAAUAUUUAUAUUGCACCGGUUGCUCGUUUACAGCGAAUACUCAAAUUAGACCAUCUUGAAUUUGAAUAUAAGUCUUUGUAAUUAUGAAUCUUUCUUCUAUAUAGAAAAACUAUUAAAAUUAUUAAAGAAUUUCGUCUACAAUUUGAAAAUAAUUUUAGAUUAGAUAAGCGUUUAUGUAUUUUUUUUUUACAUUAUUUUCGCGUGUUGUAUUUAUCUUCAAAAUUGUGUACGUUUAAUAAGCGCGUUAUAUCCAAUUUUGAAAGCUCUUAUGGUUCUUUAAAUAUUUAGAGCAAUUCUGAAAUAAUCAUACGGAAAACUAACUAUUUAUUGCGGUCUUUCUAAUAGUAGUUACGGAAAAAAUUUACAUUAAUAAAUAAAAUGAAGAAAUGAUGGAGAUGUAUAUGUAUGUAUACAGGAAGAGAAAAUAAUUUAUUCCGUUCUAAAAAUAUUAACCUGAUUGUGAGAACAAAAGUGUCACAUUAAAGUAAUAGAAUAAAAGUAUAAUUAAUGAAUAAGCUUUUUACGCUGCACGAAGAUUCUUUUCGAUAAAAUUCUCAGUUUAAUUAAUAUAUAUAAAUUUAUCGUCUCUGUGUGAUAUUAUAUUUAAAUGAACAUAAUAAUCUUUCCACUAUGUAAAACUUUUAAUCAAGUACAUCUAUGUUCACAGAAUACACACGGCGUGUUUAGUUUUUUGAAAAGUUUGUUUCUGGAUUUAAUUGGUUUUCGUCUUCUCGGUUCUCCAAUUAUACACACAAUACAUCUUUAACAUUAAUUGCGCAAGGCAGUAACAAUUAACUGCUUUUUCAAUAAGAUUUUUUUCUCUUACGGUAAUUUAAAAAACUUUAGCAUCAUUUAUAUUCUAAUGAUAAUUAUAUAAGAAUAUCUACUUCGAAUUAACUCUGUCACGAUUAACGGAAUAUACAUGUUCUACUUUAUUUUCGAUUUAUAGUUUUAUCUUACGCAAAAUGAGAUAAAAAAAGAAGGCCAAUAAAAUAUUCAUUCUA